AUGGCCUCCACGAUGACCUCCUCCCUCGUCUCCACGAAGCUCGCCGCGAAGACGAGCGGCGUCGCGACCGACACCCGUCGCGCGCGCGCCGCGGUCGUCGUCCGCGCGGCCGCGAAGCAGGGCAAGCCGAAGGUGCUCACGAAGGCUGCGGACCUGCGCCUCAUCGGCAAGGCGGUCACCGCCGCGGAGGAGCUCGGCCUGAUCGGCAUCGCGGACGGGAUCGACCUCGCGGGGAUCGAGAAGGCUGGGCUCCUGAGCAAAGGGCAGGCGCUCAUCUACGAUCGCGGCGCGCCGGGAAAGAUCUCCACGCUCGGAUUCCUCCUCGCCGCGGCGGGCGCGGGGGCGGUGUACGUAAUUCCCGACGACGGCGCGGCGUCGAUCGCGGCGCAGGUCGUCCUCGCGAGCGCGUGCGCGGUCGGGUUCGGCGCGGCGUUGACCGGCUCGUCGCUCCUUCGCAAGCUCCAGAACUGA